GAGCUCUCCUUCUCAACCAACUCCUCAGCUCACACAGGCUCCUCUCUCUCUCUCUCUCUCUCUCUCUGUAAACCAGUAACAAGCUACAUACAGCUUAAUUUCCACAGGGCCAGUUCUUGAACUACCUUAAUUCUCCUUCUUCUUGUUGUUCUUCUGGGUCCUUAAUUGGUUAAUUAAUUAGUUUGUACUACUAGCUCGAUCAGUAUUAAUCAGCAGAUCGGAAAUAUUUUUGGACCCAUAUCAUCAUGCCGCCCCACGAGCCUGAUCAAUCAGGCGGAGGCCACCGGAACGAGCCUAUGGCCGUCCAUCCGAGCCCCAGUACCGCUCCUUUCGACGCUCGUCGCCUUCGCCAAACCACCGCAGUGUUUCCGAUCACCCUCAAGUUUGAGGAGGUGGUGUACAAGGUGAAGGUGGGGCAGCAGAGAGGCGGUUGGUGGUGGCCGAGCAAGGCAAAGGCAAUGGCAAUGGCGGCGAAAGAGAAGACGAAGACGAUCCUAAACGGGAUAACGGGGUACGUGUGCCCGGGGGAGAUGCUGGCGAUGCUGGGCCCCUCCGGCAGCGGCAAGACGACUCUCCUCACCGGCCUCGGCGGCCGCCUCCCCGGCAAGCUGCACUCCGGCAAGAUCACCUACAACGGGCACCCCUUCUGCGGGUCGGUGAAGCGGCGCACGGGGUUCGUGGCCCAGGACGACGUGCUCUACCCGCACCUGACGGUGGCGGAGACGCUGCGCUACACGGCGCUGCUGCGGCUGCCGCGCAAGCUGGGCGCGGCGGAGAAGGCGGUGAGGGCGGAGGGGGUGAUGCUGGAGCUGGGGCUGGGGCGGGUGGCGCACAGCAUGGUCGGCGGCGUGCGCGGGGUGCGCGGGGUGUCCGGCGGCGAGCGGCGGCGCGUCAGCAUCGGGCUGGAGAUGCUGGUGGACCCCAGCCUGCUGCUGCUGGACGAGCCCACCUCCGGGCUGGACUCCACCACGGCCGCCCGCAUCGUCGGGGCCCUGCGGAGGAUGGCGGCCGACGGCAGGCGGACCGUCGUCGUCACCAUCCACCAGCCGUCGUCGCGCCUCUACCACAUGUUCGACAAGGUGCUCCUGCUGUCCGCCGAGGGCUGCCCCAUCUACUACGGCCGCGCCGCCGACGCCCUCCCUUACUUCGCUUCCGUCGGCUUCGCGUCCCGCCUCUCCGUCAACCCCGCCGACCUCAUGCUCGACCUAGCCAACGGAAUAUCACCGGAUUCGAAGGAAAGCAACGAGAUCAAUAAUGGGGACAGCAACCUAGCUAACGAAAGCGCGGAAACAGUAGCAAGGGAUCCGAAGGCGGUUAAGGAAGAGCUCAUCUCCGCCUACGACCGCAACAUCGCCACCCGGUUGAAGGCCGAGCUCUGCGGCGUCGACCCUGCCAACUUCGGCUACGCCCGAGACACGUCUGUUCGCGUGAAGAGAGAGAAAUGGAGCAUAGGGUGGUGGGAGCAGUUCUCGGUGCUGCUGAGCAGAGGGCUGAAAGAGAGGCGGUACGAGUCUUUCAACAAGCUGAGGAUUCUCCAAGUCCUGAGCGUGGCCAUCCUCGGAGGUCUCCUGUGGUGGAAGACCCCACCGUCCCAUAUCCAAGACCGGACUGCACUGAUCUUCUUCUUCUCGGUAUUCUGGGGGUUCUUCCCGCUGUACAAUGCGGUGUUCACGUUCCCGCAGGAGCGGCCGAUGCUGGCCAAGGAGCGGGCGUCGGGCAUGUACCGGCUGUCGUCCUACUUCCUGGCGCGCACGGUGGGCGACCUGCCCAUGGAGCUGGGCCUCCCCACCGCCUUCGUCGUCAUCAUCUACUGGAUGGGCGGCCUCAGGCCCGACCCCGCCGCCUUCGUCCUCUCCCUCCUCGUCGUCCUCUUCAGCGUGCUCGUGGCCCAGAGCCUCGGCCUGGCCUUCGGCGCCCUCCUCAUGGACGUCAAGCAGGCCACCACGCUCGCCUCCGUCACCACCCUCGUCUUCCUCAUCGCCGGCGGCUACUACGUGCAGCACAUCCCCCCCUUCAUCGUCUGGCUCAAGUACCUCAGCUACAGCUUCUACUGCUACAAGCUCCUCCUCGGGGUGCAGUUCCGAGAGACCGACCGCUACGAGUGCGGCGGAGCAGCCACGUGCCCCGUCGUCGACUUCCCGGCCAUCAAGUCGGUUGGGCUGACCCACAUGUGGGUCGACGUCUGCAUCAUGGGCCUCAUGCUCGUCGGAUAUCGCCUCCUUGCCUACUCGGCUCUUCACCGCCUGCAGCCCCCCGCCCGGUGAUCCAUCAAUCACUUCGCCAGUUAUAUAUAGCUAGCGAUCCUGCACGCUCCAACACUCCGAUCGAUUCUCGGCUGGCCCCAGUCUCUAGAUAGAGUUUUUGAUUUUUUUUUUCUUUUUUUUUUUUUACUACGUACUACGUACUACGUACUACUUACUACUACUCUUAAUUUUCUUCUCCGAUCGACGGAUGGAUUACGCGCGGCAGCAACACGUACGUUCGGCCCGCAGCAAACACAUAGAAUGAGCAGAGGCCGAAGGAAUAUUGAAGGAUUACGUACGCGCGCGUUCCUCCUUUAAUUUUCCCGGAUCGAUCAACCAAGGAAGAAAUUAGUAACCGAAGGAAGAAGAGAAAUUAAUUUAAUUCGCGCUCGCUCCCACCAGCUGAGUACGAUCGACUCUAUCGACUCUACGACGGCACGCAGCACAAGCUGGCCAAUUUUGAUAUAUUGUAAUUAAUUAAGAAAGAAACAAAGUUAUCCAGAUGGAAGACUCGAAAAAGUACGUAAUAUAUAGUCUUUCAGGCA